AUGUUAAUUCAUUUACCAAAAUGUGCAUAAUUGAUUCAAAAUGAAAGAUCUCUGGAGUAUGACAGAUUAACAAAAAGAUUAGAGAAAUCAAUAAUUGAGAAUUCUCUUUAUAGAUUAGCUGUGGAUAUAAAAUUUUUGUAAGGAUUUUAUUCUGUACAUUCCUUCAAUCAAGAGGAGAAGGAGAAGCUAUUUGCUUUAUUAAUAGAAUACAGUCUUCAAAAGUAUAUUUAUAGUACAAAACAUUUAUUCUAAACUCCAUGCACUCCAAAAAAAAUAAAAUUAUUUCUGUCAGCAUUUACAAAGAAGAUAUGUAAUAAUAUUUAGAUCAAGUAUGAGGAUUUGAGAUAAAUUUAUGACGAAGUGAAUCAGAAUGGUUUAGAUACAACAUUUGAUAACACUGAUUAGUAAAUAAGAAGAGGAAUUUAAUGUUUAUAAGAGUAAGAUUUUUAAAUUUACAAAUAGAUUUUUUGCAUUGUUUCGUCAUUUAAUUCCACCAAGUUAUUUCCCCUAAUUAAUAGACAAUUAUUUAUAAGGAGAGAAUCUUAAUUAAAGAUUGUUUAGAGUGGUUAAAUCUGAACCAAUAUCAACUUAUACAAAGAGUUUUGAAAUGUUGAUCGAAUUUAAAAAGUCUUCUCAUGUAAUAAGACAGAUGGACCCUUUCUUAAUUGCUUAAUUAAUUUCGUAUUAUUUAAUAGAUAUAUUUAGUUAUCGUCCUGAUUUACCUAUUGAUAAUUAUUUAGACUUCAUUUUAGAGGAUAUCUAUAAUAGUUUUAUUGUACUUUUAUUAAAUAUCUAAAACUUAACUAAUAUGAAUCCAAUUCAAAUUCAUCAUGGAAGUAUGAGACCUUAAGAUUUUAUUUAACCAUUGGUUUAUUUGAUUGGAUCAUCAUAAACUAGAAAUAAAGUAUGGGAUACUAUUGAAAGAAUGUUUUUAGUUAUUUCUGAUUUGAUUCAUCCAAAUAAUGCAACAACAAAUGAUUUUGUUUUCUCUUUUUUUUACAUGUUUGUUAAAACAUUUGUUGAGAGAGUUGAAGCUUAAAAUUAAUCAUCAGAAAAAAAUUAAGAAUAAUAAGAGAAUGUUUUAGAUAGUACAAUUAUAUAUAAAUUAUAAAGAUAAUAUAUUUACAAAAGAUGAGCAAUUAUUUUUAUAAGAUGAAGAGAUGAAUGAUAUGGAUGAAGAAGAAGAAGAAGAAGAUGAAGAUAGUAAUGAUAAAGAAAAAAUAUUUGAUAAAAAAGAAUUUAUGAUCGAUUAAGAAGGCAUUGAUAAAUUUAUUUCAAUAGUCAAACCUCAUUUAAAAUAUUUAAUCUAUUAAAAAAAUAGAUUUAAAAUUUAAGUUGCAGGAAUCUAUAAAGUAAAUUUUUACAAUUAAUAGAUAAGUCAUUAUGUAAAUUGAGACCUAAAGAAAUUUUACCUUAUGUUAUGGAAUAAAUUUAAUUAGCAUUAGAAAGAGAUGAUUUAAAACCUUUACUUAUUAUUCAUAUCAUUGAAAAAAUAUUUAAACCAGCAAUACAAUUUGAUUAAUAUCCUUAAAUAAUUAAUUAUAUUCCAUUCAUUUUAAGGCAAACCACCAAUUUCAUAUUAGAUAAUGGAGAAUACAUAUGGAGAUUUUAUGAUAUUCUAUUCCAAUAUAUCCCUAUUUAUGAUAUUAAGGAUUUAGAAACUCAAUAUCCAAAUGUUAAUCUAUAAGAAGGUAUUCAUUACUUUGAUUAUUAGAAAUGUAAAUUGAAGAUAUUAAUUUUUAUUAAAUUACUUAAGAAAUUAGUGAUCUGGCAUUAGAGGCUUUUAGAAAAUAUGUUUCAACUUUCGAAUAUAGUGAUGUCAAGUAUCAUAUUAGUCAAAGAGGUUCAGAAAUUAUAUUUUCAACAAGAAAUAAAUUCUAUAAUUUUGUAUUUUAGAGUUCUAAAUCUAAUUAUAAAGAAAUAGUCAAUAUUUUAUGCAAUUAUUUAGAUGAUAAAAUACUUAAUAAUCUAUCUGAUAAUUUUGUAUUAGUGAUGUAAGCAAUAAUCUUAAGAGAUCCUAAUGUUUUAAAGGAUAUUUUAACUAUUAUUGAAAAUCAACUCUUAAGACAAAAUAAAGAUCAUUACGAAUUUAAUAUUUCAAAUAUUACAACAAUAAGAAAUUAUUUAAUUAUAAUCUAUGAAAUUAUAUAAUUUUCAGGAAGUGUUAAUAAAUAAUACUACUAAACUUUGAAAUGUAUAAUAGAUCUAAGUUUGAAACACGAAGAAACUAAAAUAUAAUAAGCAGGAUAAAAUAUUUUAGCUUGUUUACUAAUGAGUUAAGCAGCUAUCCAUAUUCAAGAUUUUUAAUUUACUAAUGACCCUAAUAUUUAAUUGGAUUGGUUAAAAUUAAAAUAAAAAGGAAAAAAUGAAAAAUAUUUACCAAAAUGGUAAGAAAUCAAUGAUUAAGAAUUUAUUAAAUAAAUUAUGGAUGAUUAUUAUCAUCCUUGUCUUUAAUAAAUUAGAGAAAUUAUUGUUUAAAAAAAAGAAAGCAAAUCCUUCCUUGAUUAUGUAUAGAAUGAUUUUUUAUCACAAUAUGAAUAACAAUAUUAAUUGGAUUCAAAAUAAAAUAAUUAAUAAAUAGAGCUAAGAAUAAGAAAGAAUUUAUCUUUAAAUAUAGACAUUAUUCAUGCAUUUAUAAGACCACUUUACUUUAGAAUGAAAUAGUAUAAUGAAAAUUCAAGUGAAGUAUUUAAGCAAUUUUAAGAGUAAUAUUGUUUUGGUGUUUUAAACAAUAUGUAUGAUGAAGUAAUAAUUUAACUAUUGUUUAGGUGAUUUAAUUUUGUGUAGAUUUUGUGCCUGUCUACAUUAAUAAUGGAUUGGCUUUAGAUGGAAAAUUGGCUACUAGUUUUAUCAAUAUUAUUAAAUUAUUAAUACAUGAUACUUCUGAUAAAAUUUAGAGAUUAGGAAAAUGGUUAUAGGUGAAAACAAGAUCAUCGGAUACAAAUAAGAUUAAAUUUUACAACAGAUUUUAAGCAUAGAUGUUUUAUACAUAUUUACUCAAUAAUAGAAUUGAUUAAAUUUAUAACAACUAAAUAAUGAAUCAGUAAAAUAAAGAGUAUUUCUUAAAAUUAAUUUAGAUUAUUAUUAAUAUCAAUACCAUUUUUAUUUGAUUCUAAUGAAUUUAAUUAUAAAGUUAAUUGGAUUUGGCUAUCAAGUAGAAUGGAAUUAUUAGAUGAUAGAGAAUGGUUAUAUGAAUUAUUUUAAAAAUUGUAUGAGCAAUUAAAAACAGUUUUUAAAAAUAAAUGGUUUAAUUAAUAAUACAUUGAAACUUUGAAUGAAACUGAAAAAUAGAAACUAUCUCUUUUUUAAAAUCAUUUUACAAAAGGAUUUGCAAAUUUUGUUAGUAUAGUUUCAAAUUUAAAUCCUGGAAUGUUUUUGGAAUCUUAUUAAAUUUUUGAUGGUGUUUAUCAAAGUAUAUAGUUUUAAUAUUAUUUAGGUUUGAUUGAUAAAGUAAAUAGAGCAGAUUUUAAUUUAGAUGUUUUAAGUUUAAUAUAAAAAAUAUCAUAAGCUUGUGUUGAAUUAAAUUAAGCUGAUUUUGCAAGAAAAAAUAGUAAAUAAUAAAAUAUUAUUAUAGUUUUGAUUAUAAAAAAUUAAGAAGUUUAAAAAUAUGUUGAUUCUAUUUUUGAACAAAGAAUUUAAUAUUGGUAAGAAUAGCAAACAAAAAUAAGUAGAAAUUUGGAUAGUCUAAAUGAUAGAUUAACAUAAAUAGUUGAACUUUGGUUGAAUAUUCCAAUUGAUGCAGCAACAUCAAGAUAAUUAAUCACAAAUGGUUGUGCUCUAUUAUUAAUGAGAACAGAUUAGUUACCUUAAUUAAAUGAGAAAGUUAUUCUAAAAGCUUUUAAUUGUUGUAUAAGUUAAGAAUUUAAUAUUCGAAGUUUAGGAAAGCUAUUAUUAUAUAGAUUAAUUUAGAUUUGUGUUUUUAAGAAUAAAUCAUACAAAUAUAUAAUAAGAAAACCAGAAGAUUUCUAAAAUACUAAAAUAACUUUAGAUUAAUAUAAUAUCUUUAGAUUUAUAUUGCCAGAGGAUUAAAUCUUUUAUAAAUUGAAUGAUUUUCAUAGGAAAGGUAAAAUAUUAUUAUACAAUUAACUUAAAUAUACUGAUAUAAAGAGAGAAGAAGCUAAAAAAGAAUUUAGAAUUCUUAAAUCAAUAAGUCCAGAGUAAUGGCAUCAAUUUAUGAACCUAAUGAUUAUAGAUUAAAGUGUGUUAGAUUAACAACAAUCAUAGUAACCAAUUAUGUUAUUCUAAUUUAAUUAAGAUAAAUCAUCAAUUGCAAAUUUGUUCAAUGAUGUUGAUAACUAAGCUAAUGAACAAUUCUUUUAUAAUUCAUAUAUGCAAGCACCUAUUAGAUUUAGUUUAUUGUAUAAAAAAGUUUAGUUUAUGAAAUAUCUAUUUGCUAUUACAGAUUAUGAAAUAUUUAAUCAUACAAAAGAUUUGAUAGAUCAAAAUAAUUUAGAUUAAUUAUCCUUUUAAAGAAUUUAUUUAUCAGGUUUAUUAUAUGCAUUACAUUCAUCUUGGAAUUGUUAAUGCAAAUAAGAGAUAAUAGACUAUUGCAUGAAUAAAUUUGAAAAAAUAAUUAUGGAUUAAUCUAGAGAUGAAUUUAAGACAUUUUAAUAUUAUUUACAUGUUGCCUUAUCCAGAUGUGAUCUAAGAAAAUAAGAAUAAUUCUUAAAUGCAAUAUUAGAUAAGAUUCAAAAAGAAAAUGAUAAUAAAAAGUUGAGAUGGAUAUUCUUAUUCUACACUAUAAUUGAAUCUAAGAAACAUCAAUAAAUUAAAUUAUUAGAUAACAUAUUAUAAACUAAUUUUGAUUAUUCAAAUCUUAAAGCCGUUUAAACAUUUAUUCCCCUUAUUAUUGAUUAAUAGAACAAAUAUCCUCAUAAUAUUGAAUUAUUACAAGAAUUUGGCAUAAUAGAAUAAUUCAGAUAAUAAACUGCUAUUUUAGUAGAAUCGAAAUAUUUCAUCUUUGAAAAUUCAGAGUUGUUUACAAAAGGACUUAAUAUUUUAGUAAAUUAAUUUUAGUAAUAAAAUAUAAAUGGUAAAAUAAAUAUUAUAGAAACAUUGUUUGAAAGUUGGAAAUCUAAGAAGUUUUUUAUUAAUCCAUAUAUCCUUCAAAAAAUGUAACCAAUUGUUGAAUAUUUACUAACAAUAAAUGAAGAGAAUAAUUUAUAGUAACUCACACAAGGAUUGUAGAUGUUUUCAAAUAUAAGAAUUAAAGAAUGUACUAUUGCUUUAAUUUAAUUAACUUUGAAUUUAUUAAAAGUUUCAUCAAAUACUGUUAGAGUUAGAUAAUUGAACUUUUUAAAAGUAACUUAAUUAAUUUUUAAAUCAUAGAUUCUCACUAAAGAGAUUUUACAUAUUAAUAGGCCUGAAAUUCUUGAGAAUAUUGUACACUAUUUACUAGAUGAAAAUAAAGUAGUCAUGUAAUCAUGUUUUGAUUUAACAACAUAAUUGAUUCAAUAAAUGACUUUACAAGAAGUAAAUAGUUAAUUGGAAAUCUAUAUAAAAUAAGUAAUUUUAAACUUAAUCUUAGUCGACAAAUAAAGAAACUGAAUUAUAAGGAAAAUAAGUGCUUAUGGCUAUGAUUAUGGCACAUCCACGAUAUACUUAACCAUGGAUUAAUAAAAUCUUGAAAAUAGUUUUGGAAAAAUAGAAUAAAUUGUAAUCAUAAUAAAAGACAUUUGCAGCAAACUAUUUGAAAUUGUAUAGAGCAAAUUAAUUGAUGGAAAUAGAAGAAGUUUAAAUAAAUAUAGAAUUCAUUGAAAAAAUGAGUGAGUUGUCGAAUCCUUAUAAUUAUUUUGCUUGAGACA